AUGUACUUGGAAGUCUUGGAAGCCGCAGGCGUGCAGUUACGAGGAGGUAAGCUGUGGGGGCUGGCUGGGGCCAUCUCCCGACUAGGCAAAGCGGGUGAAUGGGAUGCUGCCUUGCAGCUGCUGCACAGCUCUGACUACCUGGCCAAGACCAAAGAUAAGGCCUAUCGGCCGGACACGGCUGCAUUCAAUGCUGGCAUGAAGAUUUUGGGCAAGCUCGGCAGAUGGAGACAAGUGGUGGCGACCCUGGCAUGCAUGCAACAUAUGCUCACUCGACCGAGCAUCGUUACUAUGGGCACUGUCGUGAACAGUUUAGUUGAAGCUGCGAGGAAUCGAGCAGGCGAGGCUUGGCUCCGAGCUUCGGCCGUUGUGGCAGAUGCGAAACACACGACUCCUGGGACUGGCGUAGUGCUGAUGAACACAUUGCUGGCUGCUAGCAGCGCUGAUGCCCGCUGGCAGAUAAGCAUGCAGAUCCUGCAAUCGGCAGUGUGGCAGUCAGCUGAGACAGACAUCAUUUCCUGGAACUCAGCAAUGGCAGCUUCAAGGAGCGAGUGGAAGACCGGCCUGCACUGCCUUGCAGCCCUGCGGCUGCAAGCUUUGGUUGCUGAUGGCAUCUCCUUCAGCUCUGCGGCCCAGUGUUGUGCAGGUGAGCUGCAAUGGCAACAGAUGCUCUUCUUGAUGGGAGGUCCGUUUCAAGUCAGCACGUCAGGCAUCAACGCAGGCAUGACAGGCCUUUCUCGAAGAAGCUGCUGGCAGCAGGUCCUCCAUGCAUUUGGCCAGCUCAAGUCUGGGUUAUUCGGCUUACGAGCAGAUUCAAUUUCAGUGGGAGUGAGCAUCGAUGCACUUCAGACCUCCAAGCUUUGGCUCCGAGCGUUGGACGCUGGCUUGUCUUCGGAGGCAUGUGGCCUUCAGCCAGACGUGGCCACCUGGAACAGGAUUUGCACAAGCAGUGGUUCCAUGAGCUGGCAUCAUGCCUUUGUCGUGCUCGAAACCUUCCAGGGCAAGCUCCUAGAAAGCGAUGCCGCGACGUACUCCUCUCUGUCUUCAGUCUGUAGCAACACCCACGGCUGGAGAGAGUCUCUGUCAGUACUGGCGAAGUCUGGCACGAUGAAGCACGUGGCGAACAAAAUUCGCUUGGAUGAUUUGCUGUUGCCAGUGGUUUCUCUUGGAGCUUGUGUCAAGGCUUCCAACUGGGAAGGCGCCCUUGGACUCGCAGCUUGUCGGCUUCUGAAGUCACAAUGGCAAUCGGGCCAUCUGAUCGCUGCUUUGGUGUCCUUGACGGAAGGCCAAAGCAAGGUCUCCCAGUGGGAGGCCUCCAUUCAGCUUUUGGAGCAAGAUGCCUGGCAAGGAGGCAAGCCUUCCCUGCAUGUUUUUAGUGCUGCAGCGAGCAGCAGUCUUGAGCCGAGCUCCUGGCGUGCAUCUCUGGCUCUCCUUGGAUCAACUCGGUCUCGGUCCUUGCAGGGAGACACCGUCUGCCAGAACUCUGUUGCUGCCAGCUGUGGGGCCGCCAUGCAGUGGGUGGCUGCGGUGUCUCUUUCCAGUGAGCUCCUGCAGGUCGGCCUUCAAAGCAGCGAAGUCACUCACGGAGUGCUUCUGUCAAGUUGCGAGGACUGGCGAACGGCGUUGCACUGUGUCCAACAGGUGCCCCUGCCCCACCUAUCGAGCGCUAUGCUGGGUGCUGCGAUCAGCACAUACAGCAGCGGAAUGCGUUGGAUGGAAGCGUGGAGUCUGCUCAAAGACACGGACUUUGCGAAGCGAUCCUUUGAUCGCUGGUACCCAUCCUUUGAAGCUGUUCUUUCGGCGUCCUCCAUGGCUGGCCACCACGUGACAACACGCCACCAACUAACUCAUGUCAGGACUGAGUUCCUAUGUGCGCUGCGACCAGCGCCACGGCAGAGCGAGCACCUGCGCAAAAAGGAAGAACUGGCGCUAAUAGAGAGGCAAGUAUUGCCGGCCCAUUGUCAAGCCUUAGGUGAUGACUUUGCAGCACUUUUAUUGAUGAAUUAUCGGUCGUGCAUGAUGCUCUUUAGCACCAGCUUGGUGCUGGUGAUUGCAGCAUUGGCAGAGCCAUCUCAGUUACUUGUUGGCAAUGCUGGCUGGGGGCUACUCUUCGAUGGCCUAGACGACAUCGUGCUCCUUGACAACAUGCCCGCGCCACCUUUCACCAUCGAAUUCUGGGCCCAGCCUUUGGACCUGAAGGAUGGUGGUGGAAGGGCUUUAGCAUCAUACAAUGCCAAUGCCGCGAUGGUCUCCCGAGUCACACCGACGGGUCUCAUCUUGUCGAUACUCGAGCUUGGGGCCGAGAUUCAUACAUCGACGGCUACCGUGGGCUCGUUCGGUUCGCCGCCUGCUCCUGGGGAGAUCUUUCAUUGGGCCAUGUCUCUCGGCAAGGACGGAGAUUAUGCAGUGUACAUCAAUGGCGACGGCGUUGCCGCGGGCAUUUUGGCAGAGGAAGACAUGCGGGCUAUCACGGAUGAGUACAUGGCCUUUCCGUGGACACUGGGAGGACGAUUUGGACGUUACUUGGGCCAGUAUGUAACCGAUGACCGUGCUUUCGGGGGAGUUAUGGACGAGAUCCGAGCAUGGAGUUGUGUUCGCAGCCCUGCGGAAAUUCGGGACAACAGGUUCUUACACAACCUUGAGGGACCUGCAGCCGCGAAUUUGACACUUCAACUGGGCUUUGACAUGCCAGACGAAAGUCCAGCAAUCGCGUUGCUCGGAGCUGGCGUCCGUUUUAAGACUCCGACGUGGGUGCCUUCUCCGAUCCCAGGCGUCGGAAGUGCCGUGGUCGUCGACGUAGGGCUUGGCAGCGGCGUGCAGCACAUAGAGAUAUGCGCCAGCAUGAACGAGUUCGUAGACGGGGUGGUCGCAACGGCGACUUUUCCACAAUCUCUCUCUACUGGAGUUCUAAUGAUUCCAGGACCUCUUCCAGCUGAAAUCUCCAUCCCACUCUCGGAAAACCGUUCAACGCAAUUUUUCCAGCUCUGUGGCUACAUGUCCUACCUGCCCCAGCGCUCCGGCUUCGACGUCGCAGAGUUCCAGGUACGUGCCGAUGUUGGCAACAUCACUCUAGAAGCGACCGGAACCCUGCAUGUGCGGGUGCGCCCAAAUCAUCACCCAGUCGCUGGUGCUGCGUGGGCCAUGCUUACAGAUGGGCAGAGCGGAUAUGCCCUAGCAGGCCACACACCUCAAGAAGAUGAGUUCUCUCUCUCCUUGUGGAUGAAGGCCGAUACCACAUCCUCGGAGCCCUGCAUGGUCGGGCGCCACUGGGUCCAAGACGCAGAGAAUUACAUCCUUCUCUUUUUCCACGGCGGCGCGUACAGCUUCUUAUGGAAAUGUGGUGCAGGACGGCCAGGGUUCAUCAACUUUCCCAGGGAGCCGGACGACAGCUUCGUACUAGACACGGGGAUGACUGGCAAGCAGAUUCGGGAUUCGCGCUUGGAGCCACAUCACAUGGCCGUCACGGCGAAGUGCGUGCCCUCGGGCCAAGAUCAUCGAAUCCGCUUUGCCGCGUAUCGCAACGGCAAGCUGAUGGCGCAGUCGGACGACAUUGGCGAAUGCAUUCCAGGGUGCUACGCGCAGGACUUGACGCCCUGGGAGUUGGCAGCGGAGUAUGACCCAUCACCUUCACUACAGCAGAUGGUCCCGUCGAACUUCUUCCGGGGCGUCCUUGAUGACUUCCGGGUCUAUGGCUCGGAGCUCGUGGCUUCGGAGGUGGAAGCCGUUGCUUCAGGCGCCAAUGUUCGUGAGGAGGACCUUUUGCUUCACUACACCUUCGAUAGCGACGACGAGGAGACCUGCAAGUACCGGCGCCUCGUGAACAGCUCCUCCGUAUGCUUCGGCUUAAAUGAGCGGGCGGGCCGCGUCGACUCCGAAGCUCUAGAUCAAUUCCCUCGCAUGAACUCCUUGGUGGGCCUUGAAAACGCAGCAACGCACAUCCAGUCGCCUUUUCCUAUCAAAGCUUCCCUCCUGCACCAUAGCAUGCGUGAGCGCGAGUGUGCAGAGAUCGGAUUGGAAGCAACCGAUGUCGAUGGCGAUGCACUUGUCUUCAGCUUGGGUUACGUAUCGGGGAGGGCGGAGGUGUCACUGGAAUCAGGAGUCCUCACGUUCUGUGACAUUCUCGGUGGUCGGCAUGACGUGGACGUCUUCUACGACGCCUGUGACCCACUGGGCUUGUGUGCCUCGGCAGGGGCAGGACUUGGCCACCUGCUGGUUCACGUCUUCCCAUCCGGGCCGAACAUCAGUAGCUUUCAGUACCUGCCAGAGACACAGCAAUUGCGGAUGGUGUUUAACAUGCCAACGAACAUGCCGGAUGUGAGUGACAAGGUCGCUCUCCAGCGCUUGCUGUCCUUGGAGGAGGUGCCGGUCACUGUGGUUCAGGGAGUCUGGGAGGAGGGAGGACAGGGCCUCCGACUUCUGCUGGGAGCAGGCUUGGACGCCUCGAAUUUCUCCGUUUCCUUGAAGACCAGUGGUCAACUCCGGGAUGCAGCCCAAACGACCUAUUUCAGCUACAGCUCUUCUCCGGCUUUGGUAGAAAAGCAGUGCCCCAUGGGCAGCUAUCUUCCCCCGGGAGGGGAGUCUUGCGAAGGCUGCGGCUUGGGACGCUUCCUCAUCCUCGAAGGCGAAAGCGCGGGCGUGUGCAGGUCUUGCAGCCCGGGCAGCUUCUCCAAUGAGACCUCUGCAACCUCUUGUACAAUCUGUCCAAGAGGCACUUUUCAGAGCCGGCGGGGACAGUCCUCCUGCGAAUCCUGCGAACAAAGAGCUGCAGGCAGCACGACUCGUGAACUGGCAAGCACUUCCAUCGACGACUGCAUCUGCCCCGAGGAGACCUUCGCAUUGUUGGGAGGCCAACUCGUCUGCGAGCUGUGCGGCACGGGCUUGCGGUGCCCUGGUGGAAUGGGCUUACCGAGGCAGGCGGCCGGGUACUAUGCCAGGGAGGUUCACCUCUCGCCAAACCGCAGUACCUUGCUGGUCACUCCCCGCAUGGUUGCGUGCGCUGAUCGGAGGUGUGCAGAAGGCCAAGAACUUGGUUCCUGCGGCGCUGGACAGGAUCUGCUUGCUUGCGAUGCGUGCGUGAGAGGCUGGUACUGGAAUGAUUCUCGCGGGCGUUGCGACCCAUGUGGCGUUGCGCAGGCCAUGCCGCUCCUGAUGGCUUUGUGCCUAGCCGGGACAACGACGGUCUUCAACAGUGACAUUGCGACCAUAACGGCCACGGUGGCAAUUUUCUUCUCUACAACACAGGUGCUCGGGACCAUUGCCGACUUGCUUGUCGCGCAUGAAGACGUCCUUCGCUACAUGCUUCGAGCCCUUCGCUUCCUCAGCUUCAGUCCCGAUCUUCUGGGCACAGAGUGUGUUUUGCAGCAAAAUGAUGCGGUUCUUUCCUAUUUGGCCUGCUUGCUGGCGCUUCCGCUCGCGGUUCUGGCUGUGACAGUAGUCGGGCGAAUACGUUUGGCGAUGGGCAAAACAAGUUGGGCAAGCGUGUUCAGCAGCCAGGGCUCUGUGGUCAUGAUUCUGUACCUUGCUUCGGCACGUGUCGCCGUACUCCCGCUUCAGUGUGCCGCCAAUCCGGACGGAUCCUCAUCAGUUCAGGCAUAUCGGUCGGUAAUAUGUCUGGAGGCUCCGGAGCACAUAGCAAUGGUGAUCCUGGCGGUAGUUGGACUGUUGUUGUUCAGCGUCACCCCGCUGGCUGCAGUGUCAUGGGCGGUGUGGGUAUAUCCAAAUCGUAUCCAAAGUCCUGGGUCAAUUCAGUUCCUAGAAAGAUGGCGCUUUGCCUUCGACCGAUUCACCAUUGAAUCUUACAGAUAUGCCGUAGUCUACCUUUGGCGCAACCUUCUGAUCGCUUUGACGCCGGCGGUGUUCACCAACAGCCAAUCCGUGCAGAUCCUGCUACUAGCCGUGAUUUUGGUGUCUGGCCUGGCGAUUCAGGUCCGAGUCAUGCCGUGGCGCACCAGCUUGGCUAACUUCAUCGAUGCGCUCGCAUCUGCCUCGGUUACCAUCCUACUGGUCGGCAGUUCCUUGCUCACGGUCCUGACAGCACCGGACAUAGGUCUACUACAGACAUGGGUUUCCUUGCACCUCUUAGCCAUCUUUGGCAUCUUCGCAGCGGUGGUCUUCAACUAUAUCCGCCAGUGGUUCAGAAGCAAGAAGUACCAAGUCUUCAUCAGCCAUCACAAAGGCAGCGCAGCAGCGCUCGCCCGCUGGUUUAAGACGUGCAUGCUAGCUCAACAGAGGCUGCAGUUGAAGAUCUUCCUGGAUUCGGAUGACCUUUUAAGCGUGGAUGUGCUGUUUGACACGGUGGCGCAACAAACGCAGAGCGUGAUUCUGAUCCUAACGAAAGAAUAUUUCGGAAGACCUUUCUGCAUGGGCGAAUUUGUAAGUGCGAUCCAGUCUGGCGUUCCCAUCGUGGCCGUAAAGUGCAAAGACUGCGAGACUCUUAAUACGGACCUGAUUGUCGAACAUGUGCGGAGCAUAUGGAAGGAGUCGCACAAGGCCAUGUUGUCGAGUUUGGGUAUCACUGAAGACCUUAUUGCAAAGGCAAUCGCACAUUUGCAGCACAACAUAAUACCAGUUGUGGAUCUGGAUCGGUCACAGAGCGAAACCGAGCAAGUCAAAGUGGUCUCAGCCACUAUGGAAGCAUGCCACUUGGGCACCUUCACUUUCACCAAGGUGUCGGUGAUGAAAAGCAUCUCCAUCACCAGCCUUCAGCCACAAAUUCUCCUGAUGUCUUCAUGGCAGCACGAAGCGCGGACCUGCUGCUUCUUGGUGCGCCGGAAGCUCGUUCUCCUCAUGCGAACUGUGGUGGAAAUCCUGCGUGAGGACCAGCUGGACCUUCUCGCAACGAAGAGCGCCUUUCCGGAUUUGGGCGUGCUGGUCGUCGUGCUCAUGCAGGGAACCUUGGAAGAUCCGUUUGUGGCCAACUCGCUGUUCCUGGCAAGGAAGGCCUACGAGGACGUUCACUUGGUCCCGCUCAUCGCGGACUCGAACUUUAGCUUCCCAGACACGGCUUUCUGGGUGCAGCUCGCCUCCGGGAGGCUAAUGUCGCCCUCCCUGCUCUUGGCUUCGCAGACAUUGCGGGAUGUUCAGGACUCCUACGAGCAUCUCCUGACCGUUAUCGCCCUACGCCUCUCCAUCCAAGCCUCCGAGAAGCUGCAGGCUACAGAAAUGCAGGAGGCCAGCCGCAAGCUGCAGCUGCUCCUUAAGGACCGCAAGAACGUUCUCAAGGACGCGCGCACGGAGGGCGAAGAGUCGGAGAGCCCGGAACCACCCAGAAUAAGCCCAAAGCCCCCUAAAAUCGCCUUAUGA